CUACUUCUUCUUCUCUAACCAAGGCAAACUUCCAAAGGAAAUGGAGAGGCUAAACUCAAAGCUGUACUUGGAGAACUGCUACAUAAUGAAGGAGAAUGAAAGGCUGAGGAAGAAAGCUGAGUUACUGAACCAGGAGAAUCAAGCACUGCUAAAUGAAUUGAAACAGAAGCUGUCAAAGGCUGCCAGUCAUGGUCCAAAUUCCAUUCCUGAUCUCGACAUGUCCUCCUCCUCCAAUUCCAAGCCUUCCAAAUCUAGCAAGAAAUGAAAUGGCCCCACCUAUAUUGCAACACCAUUUUGGAGUUAAAAAACUAAUAGUAUUUUGCAUAGAGAAAAUACGUAGUUCUGAUCCACCAGUGCAGGGGUUAUCUUUUCUAGUUCAU